AUGCGUAUCAUUUUCUGUUUCAUCGCAGUACAUUAUUAUUUGUCAUUCAAAGAAGCGGAAAAGGCCUCGACUUCUCAUAAUGGUACAUUGAUUUGGAAAAUAUGCAAAGGUAUAGCAUACGCUCCAGUGGAAUGGAGUAGUGCAACAACAGCAGCAGCAUCUGAACGGUCCUUUCCAACAGCAGCAGCUGAUUUGCACUGGACAGCAGUGGCCAGCGAAGGUGGUGGUAUCGCUGAGGUUGCACUCACCGAGAAUUCAGCUUGGCCUUUUGGCCCUGAACGCAUAAUAAGCGUUUGUGUGCACAAAGAGAGUGGUUGGGCAAUUGACGAGAAGCGUUCGUUAUGGUUUACAAAUGGCGUUAGUUUUCAGAGCCCAUUUGGUUCAUCAGGAAGCUGGUUGAAGGUAUCAGGUGUUUUUGUUUGUGUUGACCACAAGUGCUAUUGGUCAUCGAGCACGAGCACCCUUUCUGGACAUCGCAUGGAUCAUGUUGUUCCAGAUAAAUUAACAAUCGAUGACAAUUUUGAAUUAAUUUCUGGCGGGAAUUUGAGCAACAAAAUUGACGAUGUUUUAACACUGUGCCGAGCCAAUGAAAUAUUUCUCUAUCGCUUAAAAAAUAGUUAUUUUUAUUCGCUGCCGGCAUAUCCAGCCUCCUACAGCUCGGAUGCUUACAAUCCCUGGGACAUUUCACCGGACAUCGGUCGUUUGCGGUCAUUGCCGUGGACUAUUCGUGCAUCUUCGGCAGGUGUUUUUGUUUGUGUAGACCACAAGUGUUAUUGGUCAUCGAGCACGAGCACCCUUUCUGGACAUCGCAUGGAUCAUGUUGUUCCAGAUAAAUUAACAAUCGAUGACAAUUUUGAAUUAAUUUCUGGCGGAAAUUUGAGCAACAAAAUUGACGAUGUUUUAACACUGUGUCGAGCCAAUGAAAUAUUUCUUUAUCGCUUAAAAAAUAGUUAUUUUUAUUCCCUGCCGGCAUAUCCAGCCUCCUACAGUUCCGAUGUGCUUGAAAUUGCCUCAUAUGACGGGUCAGUGUACAUAUUGGAUAGUUCUGGUUGUAUAUAUGUAAAAGAACAUAUUAGCAGUUGUUCUCCUUUUGGCACUGAAUGGAAAAUUUUAGACACCGGAAAAUGUGGUUCGUUUUUCUUUUUUUCCUAUAAUAUCGGCAGUCUUUUUUUUGAUCGAAUUUCAGAUUCGCCAGUUGUUUCAUUUGCCGUUACAGCGGUCUCAUUAUGGGUGGUUACGGCUGCCAGUGAAGUGUAUUUAUACGCGAGGAACGGAACAGAACCAGUUGUUGGAACGGACUGUACAUGGAUUCACGUGAAAACCAUGCUCGGAUGCACGGUUGAUAAGAUUCGUGCAUCUUCAAAUGGCGCAUAUGUUUGGAUCUUUUCAAGCACUACCGGACGUGCAUGGGCUCGGUCUUUUGUCAACGAUUCAUCCCGUUCUGGAAAAUCGUGGAUAGAGACGAGCAACGAUCCAGGUGUUUGCGAAUUGGCUGUUGGAUGUAAGGUAAUUUGGUCGCUUUCCUCCUCCGGUCAGCUUUACAGGCUACAAGGUCUUGCAAUUGGUAACCCAGCUGGUAACUACUGGAAACCGGUACCGAUAUUUCUGAAAACGAUAGCGGUCGAUCGGAAAGACCGAUUAUGGGGUAUUGACAUGGACAAACGAUUGGUAUCUCACACAGUAAGCUCAAAAUUUCCUUUCUAA